ACAAUCGCUAGCUGUCUCUUCUUUGUCACACUCUCUCUCUCCGCUCCGCACACACUUUCAGUCUCAGACCUUGAACUCCAAGCUUACUGCUACUCGCUUUCUCUCUCUAGCAGUGUCUCUCUUAAACCCCCAAACACUCAAACUCGAACUCUGUACUUCAGAUCUGCAACCUUCGCACAUUCGAGCUAUGAACUUCUAAUCUAUAUUUUACUUCAUAAGUUUUCGAAUACUAAUUAAUGUCGAACUCCGACCAUAAGACUCGACCCAAGCCAGGGCCAUGGCCGCCCGCGCCGGAAUCAUCUCCAUUGCCGCCAUCAACUUGGGCAAAGCGGACCGGCUUCCGACCAAAGUUCUCCGGCGAGACCAAUGCCAGCGACUCUGGUCAGAUUUCUCUUCAUCCGAGGCCAAAAGACAACGACGUACAGCCCGAUCUUGAGGCAGGACGCCCCCGCCCUACGCCGCCUACUGUCAAUGGAGAAACGGCUCCUCGACCGCCGAGGAAUCCUCCGGCGGCGGACAAGGAGCUGCCGGUGAAGAAGAGGCGGGAUUCGGAUGGGGGGGGAAAGAGCGUGAACGGGCAGGCAGCAGCACCGACGGCGCUGGUUGCGGAACCUGUACCUGCCUCAGCGCCGGUACCGAGAAGGCCUGCGAGAAAUGAGGAGGUUGUUGAUGUAGAAGAUGAUGGGUUCGUUGCGAGACACGCACAUAUGAAGUAUGAAUUAAGAGAUUCGCCUGGUCUUGUUCCAAUUGGUCUCUAUGGGUUCCAGCAUUAUCUUUCAAUUUUGGGUUCAUUGAUUCUCACUCCGCUAGUCAUAGUUCCUGCAAUGGGUGGCACUCAUGAGGAUACUUCAAAUGCCGUAUCCACAGUGCUCUUUGUGUCAGGUGUGACCACACUUUUGCAUACGUCUUUGGGCUCGAGGUUGCCUUUGAUACAGGGGCCGUCAUUUGUUUUCCUGGCUCCAGCAUUGGCAAUAAUCAAUUCCCCAGAGUUUCAUGGACUGAAUGGAAAUAAUUUCAAGCAUAUUAUGAAAGAGCUACAGGGGGCUAUAAUCAUAGCUUCUGCUUUUCAAGCCAUACUCGGGUAUAGUGGACUGAUGUCUCUAAUUUCAAGGCUGAUUAAUCCGGUGGUUGUGGCUCCAACUAUUGCUGCGGUUGGUCUUUCUUUUUAUAGUUAUGGUUUCCCGGUGGUUGGUAAAUGUCUUGAGAUUGGGGUGGUGCAGAUACUAGUGGUUGUCAUCUUCUCUCUUUACCUUCGUAAGAUAUCUGUUUUUGGUCAUCGCAUCUUUCUAAUAUAUGCUGUUCCAUUGGGUCUUGCAAUUACAUGGGCAGCUGCUUUCCUUCUGACGGAAGCAGGAGCCUAUAGCUACAAAGGUUGUGAUAUUAGUGUACCUGCAUCAAAUAUAAUAUCUGAGCACUGCAGAAAACAUAUUUCUAGGAUGAAGUACUGCCGAGUCGACACCUCUCAUGCAUUGAAGUCUUCCCCAUGGUUUAGGUUCCCCUAUCCUUUACAAUGGGGAACUCCCGUCUUCCACUGGAAAACUGCUCUGGUCAUGUGCGUGGUGUCCAUUAUUGCAUCAGUGGAUUCGGUUGGCUCAUACCAUGCAUCAUCCUUGCUGGUGGCAUCUAGACCACCAACUCCAGGGGUUCUUAGCCGAGGGAUUGGUCUCGAAGGUCUUUCUAGUUUAUUGGCUGGUCUUUGGGGUACAGGAACUGGGUCCACGACUUUAACAGAGAAUGUCCACACUAUUGCCGUGACAAAAAUGGGAAGUCGAAGAGCAGUAGAGUUAGGUGCAUGUGUUUUGAUCGUCUUAUCCCUUGUCGGUAAAGUUGGAGGAUUUAUUGCUUCAAUUCCUGAAGUUAUGGUUGCAGCGCUUCUGUGCUUCAUGUGGGCAAUGCUUGCAGCAUUAGGUUUAUCUAAUCUACGUUAUAGUGAGGCUGGAAGCUCUAGGAACAUCAUUAUCGUUGGGUUAUCUUUGUUUUUCUCCCUCUCGGUACCAGCGUACUUUCAGCAAUAUGGCAUGUCUCCAAAUACAAAUUUGUCAGUGCCAAGUUAUCUGGUGCCUUACAUUGUUGCUUCUCAUGGACCUUUCCGCAGCAAAAAUGGAGGGGUUAACUAUUUCAUGAACACGUUACUUUCGUUACACAUGGUAAUUGCAUUCCUUGUGGCUUUCGUAUUGGACAACACCGUACCUGGCAGCCGGCAAGAACGCGGGGUGUAUGUGUGGUCUGAACCUGAGACUGCUAGGAGAGAGCCUGCUGUUGCCAAAGACUAUGAGUUGCCCUUCAGAGUUGGUAGGCUUUUCAGAUGGGUUAAAUGGGUUGGACUUUGAGGUGCUAGGGCUUCUUGUUCGCAUUCUGGCCAUCAUUAAUAGUCAUUCUCAGGGGAUGAUCUUACUGCUUUGUGGUUCUAAAUUUUAGUCGCCUGGGCUGGUAUGGUAAAUAGCAGAGAUUUUUUUUCUUACACGGUGGGCGGUUCUCGGGCCUAUGUAGGUUUUGUAGGCAUGAAUCAUUCUUGUACAUUGGGAAUUAUCAAAGAGGUAUGUGGUUAUGUUUUUAUCUAGCUUUGAGUCUUUUGAAGUCGGUCAGAUUGAUUGCUGUUGAAGCGAACGUCGGGGAAACAUCCUCUUAAUGUAUGUAUAUUUUGUUUUCAUGUUUAUAUUCUUUCGCUCGGUCAUGUAUUUUUGUUUUUCUCAACUCCCUUUUAUGAGUUCUACUGUGAUGAGAUAUACACUGAGAAAUAUUUAUUAUCAUGGUUUUUUGUCAA